UUUUUGCAGUGUGUACAUCAUAUCCUAAUCCCAAUUUUUAUAGCCCUUUUUUAUAGCUGAUUUUUGUACAUUGUGUAAGUGUCUCAAGUUUUAAUGUACGCAGACAUGAUUUUGUCUGUUAUCGUAACAUUUUGUCUUUAUUUUAUCUCCCAGCCUUUUCUGAUUUCUUUAAGGGAUGAAGAAUCUCAUUGGCUCUUCAUCUUUGUUUGUUUUUCUAUUUCGCCCCUCUUAACUCAUUUAUCAUUUCAUUCGAAAGCCUACACGCUUUAAAAUCACCCAGACCGACUUUUCACUGAGAUACACUUGUGAUAAAAGCUUGCUCGGCUGUCGUCACUCCUUAGCGGGACUUCAAUGUCAUCCUGCAGGGAACCAUAAAACCGACCUCAUGAGAUAAUAAUGAACAUUCAUGAAGGUACAGUAAGAUGUGGGCCGGGUGUACACCGCUGGCCCUCCCCCCUGGGCUCUUAUAAGACCACACUUACUGAUGUAAGAACCACAGCAGAGACACCAAACCUGUGGAGGGGGGGCGAAAAAAGUAGACAUGCCAUCCAACACAAUGCCUUCUCACACCAGACACCUACAGACAGCCAGAGGAUUCAUGUUGAAGGUGUCCAGCUGGAGAAGUGCCUGUAUUCUGUACUCCCUGCUCUGCAUACUGGCUCUGCAAGAAGGCACGGAGGGUGCCAAAGCACGCUGUGGACGAGAGCUGGUCGCUGACCUGGAGUUUGUGUGUGGAGACCGUGGAUUUUACAGAGGCAAACCUGGAAUACCCCGUGCCAGCGGUCCCCGCUCUCGUGGGAGAGGCAUCGUAGAGCAGUGCUGCGUACGAGGAUGUGACCUCCAGCAUUUGGAGUCAUACUGUGCCAAACCCAAAAGAGUGCGCCGUCAUGACCCUGCGCUUCUUCAGGAGACUGUGGAAGAGCAAUUCUGGCGGGUGUUUCAAAGACGACACCAACAGCUUGCUGAGAUAAACAGGGAUGGGGAAGCCACAUCAGAAAGACUCAGAGAGCGAGCGCUCUACCAAAGAAACUUCAGUGGUCCAGUUUUACUAAAUUCAGACACCAAGACACCCAACCGACCACCUUCUGCUCGCCACCAUCUUUCCACUGACCGAAUGACAUCCAUAGUUACGUUUAUCCCCCAGAUUGGAGAGUCAUAGCUCUCUUUGGAUCUGCGUGGACUUGACAUCUAACUACAAAUGACUUUACUGUCCUUGCAGAACUAUGAACUGGUUUGAAAGUUGACAAGAUGAAAGAAACCUGCUGUAUUACAACCGAUGGAAGAACAAUAAUGCAAGUACAGAGUAAAGCAUUGCAAGUACAUUGACUGAAAUGCACUUGUGCAAUAUAGUCUGACUGGCUACAAAGGUUGUAUUAGUUGCCAUAUUGAAUGCAAUGUAAAUUGUGUUUCCAAUUUCCAAAGACUUUUGUUCUUGAAUGUACACUUAUAAACCCGACCCAGAUAGCAGAUGACACCGGCCCGGAUCCGCACCGGAGUUGCUGACUUCGGCGCAGAUCCGGCCUAGAGUCAUCUGUUGUCUGGGGAAAGACUGAAAAUAUGGGAUCACUGAAGGCUAAGUUAUUUUCUAUGUUAUGUGUUUAAAUGUGUUUUGUAAAAGGUUUAUUACUAAAAAUAUUUUCUUACUUUUUUGACUUUUGGGUUUAAUUUAUAUUCAGGUUUUAUAUAUGAUUAUAGUUUGAGCUUUCUGAUGCUUGCAUUGGAAAUAUAUGCAGCUUUAUUUUUACCAAUGCCAUGCAUUUGCAUUUUCACCAAAUUUGCUUUAAUUUUAUAAGACACUCUAGGCAAGUGAGAUAUUUUAGAUAUGGCAAGAAAUUUGCAUGUUUCUGAGAAGCUCUGAUAGUUGCAAUGACCUCUAAAGAAAAAACACUAGCGUGUUUACAAUGAAUAAAUAAUAUCACUACA